AAACUCUUCAUCGGUUAUGUUUAGUUCGCUGGAGCAUAUUUUUAACUUCAGUGGCAGGGAUCAGAGCCCUUUCUCUACGUGCUGCUCUUAGCGGACUCGGCGAAAGCUUGGAACAUCAGGGGAAGCCGUAGCGCAAAGAGCCCCAAGGCAUGAGGAUGGCCAGCCCUAAAGCCACCGGGCUGUCCUGGGAGAUCACUUGGCUUGCUUUUGCUCUCUAUGCUCACCUACAGACAAGAGCAGAGCAGUCCCAAGGUGCAUACUUCCUGCCUGAGUUUGCACUUUCUCCACAGGGGAGUUUUCUUGAGGACACCACGGGGGAGCAGUUCCUCACUUACCGCUAUGAUGACCAGAACUCCAGAACCACCCGCUCAGAUGAAGAUAAGGAUGAUUCCUGGGAUGCCUGGGGGGCCUGGAGUGAUUGCUCACGGACCUGUGGAGGGGGAGCCUCCUACUCUCUGAGGAGAUGCUUAAAUGGCAGGAACUGUGAAGGUCGGAAUAUUCGAUACAAAACUUGCAGUAGUAAUGACUGCCCUUCAGAUGUUGGUGACUUUAGAGCACAGCAGUGUUCUGCCUACAACGACGUCAAAUACCAGGGACACCUGUACGAGUGGAUCCCUGUGUACAAUGACCCUACUGCACCUUGUGCCCUGAAGUGUCAGGCUCUGGGGAAGAACCUGGUUGUGGAGCUUGCCCCAAAGGUGCUGGAUGGCACCCGUUGCAACACUGAGUCCUUGGACAUGUGCAUCAGUGGAAUUUGCCAGGCAGUGGGCUGCGAUCGGCAACUCGGGAGCAACGCCAAGGAAGACAACUGUGGGAUCUGUGCAGGAGAUGGCUCCACGUGCAGGCUGGUGAGGGGACAGGCUAAGGCACACGUCUCACCAGAAAAAAGGGAAGAAACUGUGAUUGCUGUACCACAUGGGAGUCGCAGUGUGAGAAUCACCCUGAAAGGACCAGCACACCUUGUUAUAGAGUCAAAAACACUACAAGGAGAAAAGGGAGAGCACAGUUUCAAUGCACCUGGAACAUUUGUCAUUGAAAAUACAACUGUUGAAUUUCAGAAGAGCACAGAGAGGGAAUUCAUAAAGAUCCAGGGACCUCUUGGAGCUGAUUUCAUUAUCAAGACCAGGUACUCAGGAUCAAAAGAGAGUGUGGUUCAGUUCUUCUUCUAUCAACCCAUCAGUCAUCAGUGGAGACAGACAGAGUUCUUCCCCUGCACAGUGACGUGUGGAGGAGGUUAUCAGCUCAAUUCAGCUGAGUGCGUGGACAUUCGUCUGAAGCGUGUUGUUCCUGACCACUACUGCCAUUAUCACCCAGAAAACAAGAAACCAAAGCCCAAGCUGAAGGAAUGCAACAUGGAUCCCUGCCCUUCCAGUGAUGGAUUUAAAGAAAUCAUGCCCUAUGAUCACUUCCAGCCACUUCCUCGGUGGGAACAUAACCCAUGGACUGCAUGUUCAGUUUCCUGUGGAGGUGGUAUUCAGAGGAGAAGUUUUGUGUGUGUAGAGGAGACCAUCCAUGGAGAGAUACUGCAAGUGGAGGAAUGGAAAUGCAUGUAUGCCCCAAAGCCCAAAGUCAUUCAGACCUGCAAUCUGUUUGAUUGUCCUAAAUGGGUGGCAAUGGAGUGGUCUCAAUGCACGGUGACCUGCGGCCGGGGGCUGCGCUACCGCGUCGUGCUGUGCAUCGACCACCGCGGGCAGCACGUCGGGGGCUGCAACCCGCAGCUCAAGCUGCACAUCAAGGAGGAGUGCAUCGUGCCAGUGCCCUGCUACAAGCCAAAAGAAAAAAGUCCUGUGGAAGCAAAAUUGCCAUGGUUUAAACAGGCCCAUGAAAUGGAAGAGACCAUCACAGUCUCAGAAGAGCCAACGUUCAUUCCUGAGCCCUGGUCCCCGUGCAGUGCCACGUGUGGCAGUGGCAUCCAGGUGCGAGAGGUGAAGUGCCGGAUCCUUCUCUCCUUCACCCAGACCGAGGUGGAGCUGCCCGAGGAGGAGUGUGAGGAUGAGCGGCCCCCCACAGAACGAGUCUGCCACCAGCCCUCCUGUGACAGUGAUCCUGUGCCCUACACGCCUGAAUUUCCUCAUGCUGGAGAUGGCACUGUGAUGUAUGACUGGGAAUAUAUUGGGUUCACCCCAUGUUCGGCCACGUGUCUUGGAGGCACACAGGAAGCCAUUGCCAUGUGCCUGCACGUGGACACAAAGCAAGGUGUCAGUGAAAGCCUGUGUGACAGUUCCAAGAGGCCACCCCCGAUGACUCGGGCCUGCAACACGAAGCUCUGCCCCCCGAGGUGGCAGAGCGGCCCCUGGAGCCGCUGCUCGGCGAGCUGCGGGGUGGGCAUCCAAAGCCGCGCCGUGUCCUGCCUGCAGCCCGGGGCGCCCGCUCCCGCUGCCCGCCUGUGCCCAGAGCCACGGCCGCCCUCCCUGCAGGCCUGCAACCAGAUGGACUGUCCCCCUGCUUGGCACGCCGAGGAAUGGCAGCAGUGUUCGCGUACCUGCGGAGGGGGCGUUCAGAGCCGCAGGGUGUCCUGUAAGCAGCUGCUGACAGAUGGGAGUUUCCUGAAACACCCUGAUGACACCUGCCAGGAACCCAAAUUGCCAACUAGUAAAGCCUGUGCAAAAGUGGAUUGUCCUCCUCAGCUGGUCUUUGGGGAAUGGUCCAAGUGCUCAGUAAGCUGUGGUGUUGGAAUCCAGAGAAGGAAACUUGCCUGCCAAAACCUCACAGCAAAGGGCCAAUAUGUCACAUUAAAUGGAUCGAUGUGCAGUGCUCUGUCUCCUUCCCUGCUUGUAAGGUCUUGUCAGAUGAAUGCCUGCAACAAGAUCAAGCCCAAGCUUCCAGCGAAGUUUUCUGCCCAUGGACCUCAGAUUGUCAGCAUUCACCGGGUUUACAUUCAGACACGGCCGGAGAAGCGCAUUAAUUUUACCAUCGGAAGCCGAGCCUACCUACUCCCAAAAACCUCUGUGGUCAUUAAGUGCCCUGUGAGAAGGUUCCAGAAGUCCCUUAUCCGCUGGGAGAAGGAUGGGCAGCGCUUAGAAAACUCCAAGAGGCUUGGCAUCACCAAGUCAGGCUCGCUGAAAAUCCACUCCCUGGAGGCUGCGGAUAUCGGCGUGUACCGGUGCAUCGCGGGCUCUGUGCACGAGACCUUUGUGCUCAAACUCAUCGGGACUGACAACAGGCUCAUCGAGCCCCCAGCCCCCCAAAAGCAGCCCGGCCACCCAGAUCACAACGAGGCCAACAGCCUCGGGGCCAAAUGGCACAAGAUGAGCAAAAUGUGGCAGAUGUGGAGCAAGAAGAAUGAGCUCUACCUGGGCGACAGGCAAGUCAAUGAUCAGCCCUUCCUGAGGAACCUCGGGAGCUUUGGGAGCAAUUCAGCAGAGGAGUUCAGCUCUCGGGAGUUCAGGAACAAGCGCCUGGAGGCUGCAGUUCUGCAGGGUGCCUACAGCAUGGACACGGCUCAGUUCGAGGAGCUCAUGAGGAACAUGAGCCAGCUCAUUGAAACUGGAGAAGUCAGCGAUGACCUGGCGUCCCAGCUCAUCUUCCAGUUGAUUGCUGAAUUAUCCAGGCAUCCACAACCAGCUGCUGAAAAAUGGAAGGGGGCCCAGGAUGAGAAAGUUUCCUCGAAACUCCCAAGCAAAUCGCCAAACGAAUCCGAACAUUUCAGCACAAAAGCGGUCGAUAAGUUAAUGUUUGACCAGAAGGUUCCAGUUAUUAUGAGGCAAAAGGAAAUUCCUCAAGUCUCCUUCAACAAAACAGUAACUGUACAAAUUGGAAAUACUGUUUUUCUGACCAAGAAUACUCAUGCUGUCAAUCUAGUGUGUGAAACAGCUGGUAUGAGUGAAGUGAAAUAUACUUGGACAAAAGAUGGCGAGACAUUAAAAGCCUCUGCAAAGGUGAUCCUGGACACCACUGGAAGAGUGCAGAUUCGGAAUCCUACUCAAAAGGAGCUUGGUACCUAUGGAUGCCUGGUGGUUAAUGACUCUGGUUUUGAUAUGGAAACAUCACUGCUGUUGCAUACAGAAGUGCCUGUCAUCUUGUCCUCUGUGUUAAAUAUGACGAAUCUGGAAGCCAGCAGUUUCUCAGCAGUUGUUGGAGGUACAAUCGUGGCAAGAAUUGGAGCAAAUAUUUUGAUUGAGUGUCCAGUGAAAGGUGUUCCCAAACCAAAUGUAACAUGGCUGAAGAAGAAGGAUGUUUUACAAAUAAAUUCUUCCUUGGUUUUGAAUGGCUCUUUAUUUCUGAGCAAUGUUUCCUCCCGAGAUGCAGGAACAUACACCUGCAGAGCAACCAAUGCUCUUGGAAAAGCUGAGGCUGCAUCUGUUCUCCACAUAACUGAACAAAGACUUGCAGGGAAUAACACUCAGUUAUUGAAGGGAAGCAGAAGGAAGCGUGUCCUGAUGGCAUCUGGGAUUGGUACAAAUGUCACUGUGGCACCUGGUGAUCCACUAAGGAUAGGUUGCCCAGUGCUGCCCAGUCACAGGAAUACAGUCCAGUGGCUCUUUGGAGACAUCCCAGUUGAGGAAGUUCAGACCCUGGAAUACAGAACCCUGGUUGGGGGUCGUAUCCUAGAGGUGAACACCAACUCUGGUCAAUUUGCUGGACAAUUCCAAUGUCGGACCUCAGCUAGUGUAAAACCAAUGUCAGUUUGGGUAAAUGUCAAGAAGGAAGGUUUCACCUGGGACUAUGCUGAGUGGAGUCCCUGCUCUGCCACCUGUGGGCAUUCAGGAACCCGCUCCAGGAGCCUGCAGUGCUUGAACACAGAGAAACAGAGAGUAAAUGAGUCCCAAUGCAGAGAGCUGCAGAAGCCAGGAAUUGUUUACCAGCCCUGCAACAGAGAGGACUGCCCUCCCAGGUGGGUAGCUGGGCCCUGGUCCGAGUGCUCUGCAUCCUGUGGCUCUGGAUUUCGGCACCGACAGCUCUCCUGUCACCAGGCCAUGGCCAAUGGCAGCGUCCUGGCCCUGCUGCCAGGGGCCUGCCCAGGCAGGGACCAGCCUGCAGCCAGGACACCCUGCCCAGAGCACCCCUGUCCCCCAGGGCCACCACAGGCCACCACACAGUGCUCUGGCCGCUGUGCUGGCCGGCCUGCAGGCUCACAGCACCGUGGGUUCAAAUGUCAGCUCCAGAACGGAUCCUCAGUGCCAAACUCUUCUUGUGAUGAAAGAAAGAGCCCUCCUGCCAGAAGGAACUGUUCUUCAGAGGGGUGUGAUGUGUACUGGCGGCCAGGCCCCUGGAGGCCCUGCAGUGUGGGCUGUGGGACUGGCUUCCAGUCCAGACCAGUGUCCUGCGUGCACAGGCAGAGCAACAAACCCGUGGCUGAGCACUUGUGCAGAGGGAGGAAGAGACCAGCGACCUGGCAACACUGCAGUGUCACAUCCUGUGGCAGUAUGUAAAUGUUUAUUUAAAUAUGAGCAUAGUAAUAGUUUGUAGCAGUUAUAUUAGAAAAUGACUCACAGUUGUACACUAUUGAUUCUACAAGCAUUUGAUUGUACAUCAAAGGUAAAACUAUCCUCUCCAAGGAGCACUUCGUAAUCCUGGGGUUUCUUUUCUCUAAGUAGGCCAGUUUGAUAUUAAAGCCUGAAAAGCACUUUUAGAAACAGGAUAUAUAGGAAGUUUUUUGCAAACUUCCCUACAAGACUGUGCCAGUUGUGACUCAAAAGUCCCUGAGCGAGCUGUUAAUGCCUCCAAGAUGGGGUUGUGUUCUGAAACAGACAAUGAGCAAAUGAGUGCAGUGAGAUCACACCUCUUACUUGUGACCUUGCUUAGCUUUGAAUCCACUGCUGCCAGAAAUGCACACUAAAAAAAUUACAAAUCUAGCAGGAAUCCAUCAGUUGUUUACAAUUACAAUGGCAAGCUCUGCUAUUUCUCUUUUGCUUGUUAUAAAGCCUUGUAAUGUUUAAAUAUAUUUUUCAGAAGGCGAAUGCAAGGAUGCAACUCACUACUGUACAUUUGUAAAGCAACUAAAGUUAUGCUUGAUAGACACCUACAAACAAAGGUGUUGUCAGUCAUGCCAAGAAAUGUAAGUCCUCUAUGGCAAGUUCAUGAUGCUGCAGUGAAGAGAUGAGAAGAAAUGUUCUUUAAACUAACCUGCCUGAAGUAUAUUCUUGUAAAAUGAGACAUGAGUUGUAACACUUAAAUGGCAAUGUGGGGCUAGUGAAAACACAGCAUUGUGGAUUGAUGUGCUGGAUAAGGUGUUGUUUCUGGGAGCUUUCAUUUUUCAUUCUUUGCAAUGGAACUUCUAAUGUCUUAAACACAUAUGGAUUAGCAAGAUAAUAUUAUGGCAUAGCAUCUGUAAAAUUUUGCAGGCUAUCUUUUAUAAUUUUAUAUGUGAAAAAACAUUACCUAAAAGCAACAAAUACUGGUUACUGUCCUUAACUUAUGAGGAAGAGUCACAAAAAUACUUCAAAAACUUCUGGAAAUGCAGCAACUAUUGAUUCCCAGGAUUUUGGUUUGGGGUUUUUUUUCAUCAUAUUUAACACCAUUUUUUAAAUUUACAGAAGCUGUGGCUUGUAGCUGUAAAAUUUUGGCAGCAGCUUCAUUUUCAUAAACAGCUUGAGCUUAAGGGUUGAUCUCACAGAAUGUGCUUUACGGAUACUUGCUCUCAGAUGGAUACACAGAAGUACAUUGAAUUUUUCCUGCUUGUACUUCUGUGUAUGCAGAAACUAUAAAUCCUAAUACAAUUUUCAAAGCAGCAAUGGAUCUCUUUUGAAUAAAUGAGGUGUCAUUUUUUAUUGUUUCAAUUCUAAUUCCAGUCUCUGAAGUACAAUCAGAGUUCUGGCAUGGUUAUACUUUUGUACUGAUAUUAAAUGAGACAGAAGCUUCCUUGUCAGAGCUGUGAACAAACACUUGUGAGCACUGUUCUCUUGCACAUCAAGUCAAAUGAGGAGCCAGUAACUGGCCAAAAUAGCUGUCAGAUUCCUUGUCUUUGUGUAAGCAUUCUAUUUUUCUCCAUUAAUGGGGGAAAAUGUCCAAGGAAGAAUUAUCAAUUGUGAAGAUAGACAAGUGCAAGAAAUAUAUGUUAAACAUUUUUCCAUCAAGAUGGUUUUUCCAUCAUGGCCAUUAACCAUCUGAGUCAUUUGCAAGUUGAUAAAUUCUUACCAUAAUAUUGCUGGGUAAAUUAUCUUCCAUACUGCAGAUGGUCUGACUACGGCUUUAAGCAGAGAGGACCCCACAGGAGGCAGAAAAUAGAUGAUUUUUCCUUUUGUAGUAUCCAAACUACUGCUCAUUUUGGAGGCCUGAAUGCUCACUUUGAUUGGCUCUUGUUCCAUCCCUGACCUGUGUGACAGACAGAGGGCUGGGAGUGCUGUGGGGGCAGCUCAGACACAGCAUCCUGCACAGAGGGUUUGCAUCACUGAGAAUUAGGGUAGCACUACUGUAUAGAAAAUGUUUAGGGUGGACUAUCGUGUCCAAGGCUGACUGCAAGGAGAGGAUAUUCCUGAUCAUUACCUUUUUCAUCAGCAAUGGGUCUUGAUUGUUUAAGCAGUUUUUUAAAUUAAACAUUUGUAAGAUACUUUUGUAGAUAUUUAUUGUCUGAUUUAAAAGUGCAAUAUUUUUUUUGUACAGUGUUUAAUAAAGAUUUUUGGACAUAUAUUUUUUCUUAUUACCAAAAUUUCUUAUUCAUGUUUUCCCUUUAUAUUUAAAGUUUUCGAAUGUUAACACACAGCAUUUUUUUGUUGCUUUAACUUUGGUUAAGUAUGCAUGCUAUACCAAAGCAGUGCUGUAAAUGUUUGUGAUUGCAAUGGGCAUGACGUUCCUCUGUAGAUUAUUUUAUUGCUUCUCCAGUACCUGAAGAUUUUAUCUUCCUGAACGUAGUUUUGAUUUUUCUGAAAUAAAGUAUAGUUUGAUUAUUCA